GGCGAGGGAACCAGAGAACUGCUGCUGACGGCUAGAAGAAGGAAGGGAGAGGCAGAGAGAGCUAGACGAGACGGACAUAAAAGGGAACCCCCCCUCCUCCGAUCGGCCGCUCAAAAAUACUUCAUUUAAUUAAAGAUUAAAAAGGGAAGGAGGCAAAAAAUCGUCGCCAUCGUUGCCGCAGGCUCCUCGCCAGGCCAUGCCAAGGACACGGCGAUGUACUACUACUUCAGUCGGCCCAAAAUGAGCGUUAGCGCGGCUGGGGGGGCAGCAGCUACCGCGGGGGUGGGUGCUGCUGGCAGGGCCAGGGCCGGGCGUCUGCAGAAUGGCAGCCGAUGUGUAGGGGGAGGUGGCUGGGGAGAGCUGGUGAACGGUGACGGGGGAUUCACCGCUACUUCCAACGCAAGCCCUACGGAUCGCCGCUAUGGCCAGCAGGCGCGUAGCCGAGUUGAAACGGAGGCCCAGACCAACAACAGCGAGUGGGACAGAGACCGAGACGUGGAUCCCGACUCUGUUCCCUGCUGCCUCGGCGCAGAACCGGGACUGGGUACGGCGAGGCGAAAACGGAAUAACAGCAGCAGUAGCACUAACAGCAGCGCAUGCCUCUUUGUGAACGGAGGCAUUAUCACGCCCGACCGAGCUGGUGCGUGUAGGCAGCGCAGGCAGCCUGGUGGUAGUGCGGUGGUCGGUAGACAAAGCCACGGAUCACCACCACCACCACCACGAGAAGAGAAAGAUAACGGCGUCAAUAUUGAUCAGGAAGCCGAGGGGUGCACUAGGCAAGGCGGGGGCGAACGAAAGCAGACUUCUUGUAUGGACUCUCUGGCGUCUGCGAGAGGACAGCAGCAGUAUGGCAGAGCCAGCAAACCGCAAGCCUCGGUCACCGGGAGGAGGAACUGCAAAGGACAGAGUCGGAACCACCAGAGUCGGGACAAGGGCGGCGGAAACGGAGCUCUACUCCUUUCGGCCACUGGCGCUGCAAGGUGUGGCCACCACCAGCACCACCAAAACGCCGAUUCGGCGAACAGCAACAGCAAGCGCCGUGGAUGUAGUUCUAGCAGCAGCUACGGCCGCGGCCCCUCCAAACGCGUGUGCUAUGCGGGUACAGGCACGGGCAGGGCUGCGGACUGCGACACUACGGACAGAGCGAGGGCGAGGAGGAUGCGGAGGGGGAGAACACGGACACACCAGGAGCAGGAGCUGGGUCCCGGUGGUGGUGGUGGUGGUUCUCCUUUUACGCAUGAGGAUGGGAGUGAGGGCGACGGCCAACGGAGCCUCCUACGGGCAGCAGGUCGGGGGGAGGAUGAUGAUUCGGUGGUGGUGGAGGGGGACUGUGCGCUCAGUCGCUCGUGCUCAACUGGGUCUCGUAAAUCCAGUUCGAGAGCGCGUGGAGCAGCAGGUGACACUGCCGAUGCUGAUGAUGCAGGGAAUGUAAACAGCAUCAGCAGCAGCAGCAGUGGCGACAUGGUGGCACACACGCGCCACACCGCCAAAGGGCGCGUGAGACUCUACCGUGUGCGCUCGUACCUGGCCAGCACUUCCUCCGCUGGGUACCACAACGGUCACGGGACCGGGACUGAAGGGCGAUGCUGCGGUCUGAACGGGAGUAGCAGCAGCAGCAGCAGCAGCAGUAGUAGCAGCAGCAGCAGCAGCAGCAGCAGCAUCACGUCCUCCUCCAGCUCACCGAGCCCUCCAGACACAGCCCUGCCCAGCAAGCGCACUCCUCAGGCGGGGAACCUUGGCGAGCAUAGCGGGGUGAAGGAGGAGGAGGAUGAUGGGGGUGGUGGUGGUUCAACUGAUGGAGCAGCAGCAAGCCCCUCUCAGCCUCCAGUGGUACCCAGCCUCUCAGAUGCUGACAGACCAGGUGUGGGGGCUGGGGAUGCAGACCAUCAGGUGGAGGUGGCGUCGGGGGAGGCGUGUCGUCGGCAGGCGGAGCUGGAGAGGCGUUCGGAGCAGGUGCUGCGGAGGCUACAGGCCGUUCAGGUGAAGCAGGUGGAGAGACACGUCUGUCAGCAGCUCCAGGGACUACAGAGGGCCACCAGUGGAAACACCAGGUACCGGGACCGUAAGAGCUCCUCCUGCUCCUCCUCCUCCUCCGCGGCGUCAGCAUCAGCAUCAGCUUCAGCAUCAGCAUCAGCAGCUGGAGUGGGGCCCGUGGUGCUGAACCAUAGCUCUAGGAGAGAGCUCAGUCGCCUGGCCUACAGCUGCACCGAGGUGCUCUCAGCAGCAGGGGGCGCACUCGACUCGGACCACACGGCCAGCAGCUCCGGGGGAAGCAGCGAGGAAGAGGAGGAGGACGGGGAGGAGGAGGUGGAGAUGAUGAUGAUGAUGAUGAGGGGGGCGAUGAGGAGAGGAGCCUCGGCCUCGACAUACAUGAGGUCACUCAAAGCAGAGAGGCGGGCUGCAGAGCUGCACUGGGGCCAGGAGAGGGCGCGGCUAGGCAGCCGAUGGGUGUGGCUACAGGCCCAGGUGUCGGAACUGGAGUACCGCAUACGAGCCCUCACCGAGCUGUACACACACCUGCGGCAGGGCAAGGUACGCGUUGGUCCAGAGACGCCUCUGAGAGCCCCCCGCCUUCCCCCAUCACCACACAGCUCCACCAGCAGGUCGCCGUGUGCAGGUGAGCCACUCAGGAAGUCCCGUGCUGAAGACCCCGCCCCCCUGCCACUCCCCCCUCCCGCCUCGGCGGCGCGCGUCUGCCCGUUACCACGGCUACGCAGGCACAAACUGCUCCGUCUGGAUACACUGCCGGCCCUGCAGACCAAGGUGGUGUCUGUCCCGUGUGCGUGCGAUGGCUCCGUGGUGUGUGUGUUGUGCGCGGGUGUGCCGCCCCAUCCCCCACCCGGCACACGCGUGUGUGUGGAGCAGACUCCGUCGCCGUCACGGCUGGACCUGUGUGUGCACCCUGUUCUUACUCUCCCUUCAGACAUUCCUCUAGCGCUUCAGUGCAGGACAUCUCCGCUGGUCGGCGGUUCCCACAAUGCACUGCGCCGGGCAGGUGUGUCGGCCACGCCCCCUGUGCUGGGCAGUAGGCGGGGUCAGGGAGGGCCGAGGACGGGGCGCGUGCGGAGGAGACUGAUGUGCCCUCGACCACCACACGCCCUACCCCCCCUGCAGCAUGCUAUAGGAGGAGGAGGCGGUAGGAACCACCGUUGCGUCAUCGGUCCCGGAAUGCUGUCUCCACGAAUCACAGACCUCCCUCCCCUGUCCACCACUCCCCCAGCUCCAGGUUCAACCAAUCAGCCCCUGCGCAGGCGUCGAGGGGAGAGCUCGUUUGACAUCGAUAACCUGGUGAUGCCCAUGGGCCUAGCAGGACUGGGGGCCCGCGUGCAGAAGAUCCAGUACAAGGAGAUCAUCACACCCAGCUGGAGGGAGCUGGGGGAGGAGUCGGGAUCUCCACAGGCCUCUCCAAAUUCCGCACACUCACACACACAUCAGGAAGAGCUUCAGGAAGAACAGGAACCGGACGAGGUGGAGGAUAUGUCUGACGGUGCGUUCCUGAGUCGCCACGCGUUGUACGAGGGGAAGGAACGCGGACGCUGGAGAAACUGGGCACACAGACGUCGGCGGGGCAGGUCCUCUGGGUUCCCCGGUGAGGGCAGGUGGAGCUCCAGGCUGCUGGAGGGGCUGCCGGCCUCCCCUGACGCCCGCCACGGGCUCACCUUCGACGGGGAGAGCACGCCCGCCAGCCCCCUCACCUCCACCUCCACCUCCACCUCCACAGAUCCAGACGAGGCCAGCCUUUACCAAGCAGAAGAGGAGUACCAGGUGAGGUUGCCAUGGGAGCGCAGGACGUUCCCUCUGCUGGAGUUGGAGCUGGCGGCCCUUCAGGGCGAGGAGGAGGAAGAGGAGGAAGAGGAAGAAGAAGAGGGGGGGUGCGAGGGCAGCGGGCGCAGUCACAGCACCGACUCAGGCAUAUCCAUGGGCAGCCUGGAACUCUCUCUCUCCCCGAGGACCCCUCAGCCGGCUCCACCACCCCCCCCCCCCCCCCUCACCCUCACCCAUCCCGUGCCAGUUGCCGCGGCAACUAGCUCAACUCAGGACUCUUCACAGCCCCUCUUUGCUCGCCCCCCCAUCUCACCUUCCCAGUGAACUCUCCCCCUUCCGAAUCACAGGCCAUCCUCACCAGUCCAGCCCAGUCCAUAUCAAUCGCACCCUGAUCCAUCCACCCCUGAUGCACAUGGCCCCAGUCAUAGACCAGAUCAAUCGCACCCUGAUCCAUCCACCCCUGAUGCACAUGGCCCCAGUCAUAGACCAGAUCAAUCGCACCCUGAUCCACACUCUCUGCUGCACACACAGUCCCAGUGUAUAAGCUUGAUCAAUUGCACCUUGAUUCAUUCCCAGCCUAGACCAGAUAAAUUGCACCCCUAUCCACACACACACACGCACAAAAGAUACAGUGCAAGGAGAUCGUUACACACAGACACACACACACACACACACACACACACACACACACACACACACACACACACUCAAAAGAGCCGCAUCUUAGGCUUGAUCAAUCGCAUCCCUGAUCUCCACAUCCUGGCUCUCCUCUCCUCUUGUCGCCAUGUUAAGGCCAGAUCAAUCGCCGCCUGAUCUAAUCUAAUCCAGACUUCUGUCCAGCCCACACCAACCUCAGCCAAGACCAGAUCAAUCGCCGCCUGAUCUAUUCUGUCCAAAGAAUCCUCCCUCCCUCUCCAGGAACCUUCUCAGUGAGCCACGCCCUGGAGGAGAUCAAACGCAUCCUGAAACCAGACACCGUUUGUACACACACACACACACACACACACACACACACACACACACACACACACACACACACACACACACACACACACACACACACACACACACACACACACACACACACACACACACACACACACACAGGCUGCAAUGCGGUUUUACACAUGGCCCAGCCUCAACCAGGUCAAUCGCUGCCCAAUUUUAGCACCCCAACUCUGCAUUACCACAGUAAAUGAAUUAUCACACACACACACACACACACACACACACACACACACACACACACACACACACACACAAAGCUCACACACACACACACACACACACACACACACACACACACACACACACACACACACACACACACACACACACACACACACACACACACACACACACACACACACACACAUACAGCAUCCAGUAACAUUGGAUUACCACAACACAGCAAUACACACUGUCUCCACCCUUGCCUUACACGACUCAAGCAACAGCAGCCCCAGAGGCCCCUUUAUACACACACACACACACACACACACACACACACACACACACACACACACACACACACACACACACACACACACACACACACACACACACACACAUAUACUUUGCACCCUCACUUUACUCAUCUAAUAUUAUUACCCAUACUUCCUUUGUCAUACAGUUGAAUAGUCUAAUAUUAAUUGUCUAUAAUUUUCGAAUGAAUCGCCGUUGAACAUUAGUCAAGAUAUAUCCUUGGCUGUCAAUGCCAUGAGGAUCGUCUAUCGGACGUGACCCUAUUUAGGUUACGUUAAGGUCAGUUCUUGACCUCACUUCGCAACCAGACCAGUUCUGACCUCACACACACAUUGGUGUGAGGUGACGUUUGUAAGCCAACAUUGCAUUAUUAUGUAGAACUGGAACACUAACUCUAACUCCUAGAGCUUGUAUACACACACUAAAGGUGACCUGUCACCUCUGGGGAACAGUGGGGGGCGGGGCCAGACCACACUACAAUACACUACCAAAGAAUCUUCUAGUAGAGAAAAGAUCAUUCAAACCACGCCCACCCAGUGCAAAGGAGUGUGCUCAAGCAAAAAUACUGAACCAGAGCAAGAUAUCGCAAAGCACCCCACUCAAUGGGUGCAUCCCAAUAUGUGACCUUGCCUCCUCCACUUGUGCUUGUCUCCUCGUCCCGCCUCCUGGCCCCUCCUCCGUGGAGAAAACGAUAGUUUCCCAGCUGUCAGCCUCGCCACAACAACUUUUGAGGGACUGUUUUUCAUUAACCAUCCCAAUUGCAAAUGAGAAAAAGACUUUACAAUUGAGCUUUUGCAAGAUAUUGAAAUAUAAUGCUGUUGUCAGUGAUGUCAUCAUGACGAGAAGCAAGUGGAGGAGGCAAGUGGAGGAGGCAAGGUCGCAUAUUAAAACGCACUCAAUGCAAAAGCGUGUGCUCAAGUUGGGUCUCCUAAGGGGGCGUUGUCCCUUACUGCUUCUUCUCUUUUUGAGGUGUUUGCGCAGGACGUGCGCUACCGCCAUCUACAGCGCUAAGGGGACUCCAUUUAUUCUCAACCUCAGGACUCCGAAGGUCUCCUGACCGAAGGUCUCCUAAAGUUCACCCGACAUAAAGUGGAUACCGGAAAAGAAACAAAAUGACGCUCCUGGUUAGAUCCACCUUCUUUGGCUCAAGUUUGGUGUUCUAAAGGGGGCGUUGUCCCCUCCUUCUUCUCUUUUUUGUGGUGUUUGGUGGCAGCUUGCAUAACAUGUGCGCUACCGCCAUCUACAGCACGAAGGGAUACUCCAUUUAUUCUCAACCGUAAGACUCCACAGGUCUCCAAACUGACUCCUAAAGGGGCGUUCACCUGACGUCACAUGGAGCCAGGAAAAGAAUGGGCUUGAUAUAUCUUACUCUAAUGGAAGAUUCUUUGACAAUACACUACACUACCCACAAGCCACUGCACCUUAAAUUCCUGCUCUGCAAUAUCCCUCCUCCCCUCCUGACCCGUACUGUAUGAUCUCCCGACCGCUCGCCCCACAAGGGUCAAAGGUCAAGCUGAAAAAGCUCCAGUGCUUGUGAUGAAGUUCCAGUUCUCGUGUCAUCACCGGUGUCCUUGAAUGGUCUCUCAAGGUCAUCUCAUCCAGGACUGCCCCUCCCACCACCACCACCAUCAUAAACAGACU